AUGUCAAAUAAGACGAACAUGACUUCCGACAGGGAGAAUUCUACUUCCGUUCCAUUAGUAAAAGAUACCGGAACAAAUAAUAAUAAUAAUAAUAAUAAUAAUGGUGGGUCAGGGUUUAGAGUAGCUCAGGCCUGUGAUCGAUGCAGAUCAAAAAAGACUAGAUGUGACGGGAAGAGACCACAAUGUUCUCAAUGUGCUGCAGUAGGGUUUGAAUGUAAAGUUAGUGAUAAAUUAAUAAGAAAAUCAUUUCCUAGAGGAUAUACAGAAAGUCUAGAAGAAAGAGUAAGAGAAUUAGAAGCUGAAAACAGAAGACUAUUGGCAAUCUGUGAUUUAAAAGAACAACAAAUUAAUAUAGUGACAAAUUAUUCAACUACUGCUACAACUAAUAAUAAUACUACCAGUAGUAUUGGUGGCAAUACUAAUAAUAUACUGGAAAAGGAUUCUAAUCAUACUAAUAAUAUUAAAAAUGGUCAUAUUUCUACGGAGAAUGAUAAAAAGAGUUCAGAAAGGAAUGUAUCCAGUAAUAAUAAUAAUAAAGCUGUGUUAAACGUUUCACAAACAAAUUUAGUUUUAUUAUCUCAACAGACUAAUGAUAAUUUAAAACAUGAUAAUCAGACAAUCCCUACAUUGUCGCCACAACAGGAUAUUCGUCAUGGUAUUGAAUUAUCUCCAUAUUCUAAUAAAUCUAUACCUGAAACUGAUCAAACUUCUACCAAUAUAUCUCCGAUAAAUCCAUUAGAUGCUGUUGACAUUAAAUUCCAUAUAUCUUCUACGCAGAGUAAUAAUCACAUAUGUAAUAGUGGAUGUUGUAACAAUCAUAGCUUAAUAACCACUGUAGAAAAUGAAGGAGACCCUAAUGAUUAUUUGAACAAUAAGAAUGCUUCCACUAAUGGGAAGAGAGAGUCGAUGGAAAGUAAGAUGCAUGCCAAACCCGUAGCAACAACUAAUCUAAAUGACCCAACAACGAUUUCUUUUGAACAAGAUGAAGCACCAGGUUUAACUGCGGCAAAGGCAUUGAAAAAGAUUAAAAACCAUGAAAAUUCAACACAACUAGCCACAUUAGUCGCAUUAUCAAUCCCUAGAUCGACUGAAGAAAUUCUAUUUAUUCCACAAUUAAUGGCAAAGAUUAAACAAACUUUCGGAUUCACUUCGAAACAAAGUUUAUACACCGUGACAUUAUUAUCCUCUUUGAAAAGUGAUCUUCCAAAACCUAACUACGUUAAAUCAAAGAACAAUGACAGUGAUAAUUUAGCUGCAGAAUCAAUGAAUUUUUCCUUUAUUAAACAUACUAAUUUAUGGGAUAUUGAUGAUUUACAUCAUUUCUUGAAAGAAGUAAUGAGAUUAGACAUUUUAGAUGCAGAUACAGUGAUUCAGGAUCAUACAAUGCAUACAUCAUUAAAUUUUUAUUUAAGAUUCCAUGAUAUUGAUGAAUUAAUAGAGUUAUAUUUCAAGCAUUGGUCUAAUUUAAUUCCAGUACUCAACAGAGAUGAAUUUUUCUUGCAUUAUAGUGAUUUUAAGAGAGGAAUAUUUGAAAUGAAUAACGAUAAAAAUAAAAUAUUCAACCAGGAUAAAAUUGGGACAUUUAAUUAUAAGUUUUUCACCACUAUACUAGUGAUCGUUUGUCAUAUGGGUCUGUUAAUCAAGAUCAAGAACAAUAACAACAAAGGAGAUAAUAUCCAUAAUUUAUCCGCUUACUACCACAAAUUAAUUUAUAAUAUCCCAAGAAACCCUUAUUUUGUUUUCUCUACAACUUCUGUCAAGACAUUACAAUUAUUAUCUUUGAUACUUUACUAUCAUUUAAACACUGGUGAUAUCCUUGAAAUAUAUUCUUUAAGAGGUAAGAUAAUCUCCAUGUCGCAACAACUAAGAUUACAUCGUUGCCCAAGUGCUGUCCUUGUUGGAUCUGGGUCAACUAUGAACAAAUUCGAACAAAGUAAUAGAAGAAUUUUGUUUUGGACAAUUUACUACUUAGACGUUUUUUCAUCACUACAGUUGGGUGUUCCUCGAUUAAUAAAAGAUCAUGAAAUCGAGUGUGCUUUACCAAUCGGAGCAGCUUCAGAUGAUCCAGCUAUGUCUUCUGAACAGGAUGAAGAUGAAGAUCUAUUAAAUAUAGGUCAAGGAAUGUCCCCAACUACAGUGAAAUUGGAAGGUACCGUGUCACAAUUUUCUUUGGCAAUUAUAAGAUUUGCCAAAGUAAUGGGUAAUAUUUUAGAUAUUAUCUUUAAAAGAAAUAUGUCAGAAUCAAUAACUAAACAAAUUGCCUUAAUCCAUGAAAAUGCUUUAGAUAAUUGGAGAUUUAGACUUCCACCAAAAUAUCAAUUUAAACUAGACGUCACAGGAACAAUUGAUUUAGAACAACUUAAACAGGGUAACGAGAAUACAUUAUUAAUUAUACUUUAUUUCUUGGCCAAAUCAAUAAUUCAUUUGCCUGUAUUAGCUAGUAAACCAAUCGUGAUAGAUACCAGUAAAGACCCUAAAUCUGAUAAAUUGGAUAGAUCCUCUUCAGCAUUUGUUUCAUUACAACAAGCAAUAAACACUAUGUUAUCGGCGUUUAAUUCUAUCAGUUCCACAUAUUUUGCACUACCUAUGGAUUCAUCAAGAACAUUAGCUAGAUUUUCAGUCAUGAGUGCUCAAGGUUCUCUAGACUAUAUAAAGGGUGGAUCAUUAUAUAUUGAUAACAAAAAAUUAUUAUUGAACAUAAUCCAAUCCAUUGAGAAUGACAGAAAGUUGGGUUUACCUGGUGUUAUCUCAUUCCAUAGUUUAAAACUUUUAGACCUUACAAUUAACUUAUAUCUACAAGGUACAAAUGUGAAACCUGAAAAGGUUGAGAAAUUUCUUCAAAGAAAGAUAAAUUAUUACAAUAAAUUAAUGGGUAAACCUACUAUCAAAAAUAUUGAAUCUCAGAAACGUUCAAGUAAGAAGACAGAAAAAGACCAAAUUGAAUCAGAUGAGAAUACUGUCCCAAAUAACAAGGAACAGCUAAGGAAUAGUAUUAAAUUAGAGGCCAAUGAUAUUUCUGUAAAUGGACCAGAAAUUAAGCACGAAGAGACUACAGAUUUAUCGAAGUCCUUAAAAGGUAAUAACUUAGAUCCACAAUAUACACAAACUGCCUUUGCAGAGGCUCUUCAGUUGGAUCCUGUCUUAAAUUCCAAUCGUUCCCAAGUUAGUAAUUUCGAUCUAGGAAGUCUUUUUGCCAAUAAUAAUAGUGGGAAGAAAAAUAUUCAAGCAUCCCAUCUAGAAAAUAAUAUCAACAAUGGAACCUCCAAUACCAAAGACAUAACGAAUAGUUUGAAUAAUUCCUUCAGUGCGAUAGAUAAAUUCUUUAGAAUACCAAGCAAUGGUGAUUUCAUAACAUCCUUACAACAAUUAUCGGAAGCUGGUAAUGAAAAUAAUAAUAAUAGCGGUGGUACACAAUUUAUUAACCCUACUUCCAACAAUCACAACCAGAACAUAAAUAACAAUAAUGGUUCAAGACCAUCUAAAAUGUCAAAUAAUAACUUAUCAACAAUGAUGAUGUUCUUAAAUAACGAUUUCUCAUUAUCAUCAGGGGAUGUCAAUAAUUUCUUCAAUAACAACCUUCAACAAAAUAAUACAAAUGCUCACGACUACAACGAAAAUAAUUACGUCCCAGAUUCAUCCAAACAACAAGGAGAUUACCCUUCUUAUAACGGUCAACAGACAAAUAACUACAAUUCUAACUACGAUUUUAUUGUUGACGGUUCCUUAGGGUUAGCUCCAUUGUUAGUGGAUGAGUCUACCGUUACACCGAAAUCGAUAGAUGGUAUGCCUCAUAGGAGUCAACAAUCGAACAAUGCUCAAAGAAGAAAUACAACCAACAACAUAAAUAACGAAACAGUUGGCCGUAUUGAAAACCCUCUCUCCGCUAAUAAUGAAAUGGUGUUAGAUAUACCUCGUAGAUAUACUUACAAUGGCACGGACAUGAUGACAGGUGAUAACUCCCAUAGACCUACUAAGAGAAGAAAGAGAAAUAAUGAUGCUGCCAAUGAUCUAUACCAAUGGCAAAAUUCAAAAUAA